AUGCGUUCCCUGAUUGUCGUUGCCGUUUUGGCCUUCCUGGCUGUUGGCUUUGUGGCUGCCCGUCCUGCUGAGGAUGACGAAUCCUCGUCCUCUGUAUCGGAGAAUACCGAUGGGGACUCAAGCAGCAAUGAUGUGGAGAACAGUGGAACCAAUGAAGAAGAAAGCGAGACAUCCGCUGACGAAGAUUCCGCUGGAGAAUCCGAUGGAGAAUCCGCUGUAGAUUCCACUGGAGAAUCCGCUGUAGAUUCCACUGGAGAAUCCGCUGUAGAUUCCACUGGAGAAUCCGCUGAAGAUUCCACUGGAGAAUCCAGUGAUAAUGACGAUGACGAAGAUGACAAUGUUACUACUACUAACACUGCCAAGCCAGUGAAGAAGCACGUUCGUCCCUUCUGGCCCAGGUUCGGAGGUCAUGGUCCAGUUGUGAUCAGGCGUCAUCACGGCCUCGUCAAGGUCUAA